AUGGCCAGGAGCGGCGUCGUUUCGUGGCGGAGGAGUUCGGAGAGGCUCGACGGCUUCGAUAUGGGGCCAAUGAACUCCGAAGAAGCUCACGUCCUCGCCGUCGAUGACAGCCUCGUCGACCGCAAGGUCAUUGAGCGCUUGCUUAGAAUUUCUUCUUGCAAAGUGACGGCUGUGGAUAGUGGAAGGAGAGCUCUGCAAUUCCUUGGCUUGGACGACGACAAGAGCUCCUCCGUCGGAUUCGAUGGCUUGAAGGUGGAUCUGAUUAUCACUGACUACUGUAUGCCUGGCAUGACCGGGUACGAAUUGCUCAAGAAAAUCAAGGAAUCUUCAGCUCUCAAAGAGAUUCCCGUUGUGAUUAUGUCAUCUGAGAACGUUCUGGCGCGCAUAGACAGGUGUUUGGAAGAAGGCGCAGAAGACUUCAUAGUGAAACCGGUGAAGUUAUCGGACGUGAAGAGGCUCAAGGACUACAUGACGAGAGAGGCCGGACUGGAAGAGAGUGGGAUGAACAAGAGAAAGCUACGCGAGCCUUGUGAUGUGCCUUCCUCACCACCGUCCAUUCUACCAUCGUCACCCUCGUCCUCCUUAUCGUCACCGUCAAAAUCUCCGUCCCCUCCUCUGUCAUCGUCGUUCUCGGCUCCCUCGUCGCCGACGUCGCUCGAUUCCCCAAUCCGACGGCUCAAAAUGACGAACACUGAUUAG